AUGAAAUUUGGCCGCAAUUUGCCCCGCAAUGUUGUCCCUGAGUGGAGUGCAUCAUACAUUAAGUACAAGGCUUUGAAAAAAUUCAUUAAAGCGGCUGCGGAAAAUGUGAAGGCUGGUCAAGAGGCCGACCUCACCGGAUUUUUUUACUCUCUCGAUCGAAACCUCGAGGAUGUGGACCACUUCUAUAACAAAAAAUAUGCGGAGUUUGCGCGCCGCUUGAAAUUGUUGGAAGAACGGUAUGGCCAAUCCUUGGAUAUUGGUCAUCGUCUGGACGCCGAAGAGGCCGAAGACCUUUUGGCUGCCUUGCUGGAGCUGCGCGGGCAAUUCCGCAAAUUGCAGUGGUACGGCGAGGUUAACCGCCGUGGAUUCAUCAAGAUUACCAAGAAGCUGGACAAAAAGGUAGGCACUCGUGCGCAGCAGAUGUAUGUCGAAACCAAGGUAGAUCCCGCCCCCUUCGCCUCGAAUGCUCGGGUCACCGAGUCCUUGAAGAGGAUCAAUGACUGGCUCUCCGUCCUGGGGGAGCAGAAGGUCCUUGAUGAUGCCAGUUCUACCCGCUCCUCUUUGUCGCUGAAGAGGGGUCCUGCCCGCCCGAACUUGGAUCUCCCGGCGAGCUUACUGAUAGCGGUCGAUGAAGCACUACGUAAAGAUGACAUGCAUGUGAUGCUGGAAUUAUUGGAGACGCUCAAGACUGCUGCAGAAGACAGCGGAGAGGGUGUUUUCCCAAAAGUGCUCAAGAGCCUCCUCCAGCGAUGUAUACACUACCGCUCCAAGUCUUGUAUAUCAAGUCUCCUGCCUCGGAUUGAUAGCCUUGAUGAAGACGAUGAUAUCAACAAGCGCAACUGUAUCCAUCGAUUGGUGAUAUCGAUCGGCCGCGCGCAAUCCACGACAGACUCCGAACAGUCUGCUUCCAUGGUCCUUGACUUCCCUAUUGAGACAUCGAACUACAUCACCCCUGCUGCCCUGCCCACCCUGCAAGCGCCUCGGUCUGUGGUGAAGGAGUCGGACUUCCCACAGCAUCUAGACCGGUCUGAUCCACCUGUGUCGCUUUUACAGCAUCUGCUGGACCAGCUCCAGGGUCACCAACGAGCCGCUCUGCGAGCCAAGGACCUCUCUGGCCGUACCCCGUUACACUACGCGGCUCAGUACGGAUUCAAAGUUGUCUGCGAGGUCAUCAUCGAACACCUCCAGGCAUGGGAUAUGUUCAACGUCAAAGAAGGCAUCGAUGGCCUCUCGUGGCAAGAUAAUGACGGCUGGGCGCCUCUGCAUUUGAGUGUAGUUGGUGGCCAUCCACUAACCACUCGGGCUCUUCUCGACGCUGAGAACUGGAAGGGGCCAAAUGAAGAGAUGACGGCCAUUAGAAAACGGGUUUCCCGGUCCAGUGCGUUGCUGGCAUUGGCCACCAAGGCGAAUUUUGUUGAUAUCGUUCGACUAUUGGUGGAUGCCGGUGUUGACAUCAAUUACCAAGAUGAACAAGGGGAAACUGCGCUACAUGUGGCAGCUCGCUUCAAUCACCACCAGUGCACCAAGAUUCUGCUAGAGGGCAAUGAUGAGCAGAAGGCAGAUACGGAGCUGGCAGAACAAACGUACUCUUGGACUCCUCUAUUCAUUGCUUGCGUGGACGGAGCUCUCAGCGUUGUGGAAUUGCUGAUCGAAGCCGGCGCCGAUCUGGAGAAACUUGAUUCCUCCGGAUGGACGGCGAAGGAGCAUGCUGCACUAAGAGGUCAUCUUGACAUCGCUCGGUGUCUUGCAGAAGUCACCCCCGCUCCCGAAGUUAUGGAGGUCGACCCUGUCGUCCCUGCUCCCACACUUUCUGCCGCUCUGUCCUCCUCGCCCCCACCGUCCUCAUUGGCGGACAGGAGAUCUAAUUCCUCAACAUCCACCGGGAGUUCUGGGUUACGGGUUAAUGAGCCUAUUAAGUCAUUUGGACACCGGUAUCUCACCGACGAGACCAUGAUCUUGGUUAGUCUGGGGACCAUGGAUACUCGGAACCCCGUUCACUCCGUUAACCUGGACCGGAUCCCCAUGGAAAAUGCGCAUUCGACCCAGCUUGAUACCGCUCUAUCCCUCGCUGUUUCGGCCAGUGGGGCUCACGGGGAACCCGAAAUCAUCGAUCUCCCUGUUCAAGACAACAUUUCGACUGAGCCAAUCGUGUUCCAUGCCGCGGAUGCGUCCAAAGUCAGACUUAUCUUUGAUCUGAUCCCUACCUAUGCCGGUUCGAAAGAUCAGGUCGUUGGGCGAGGUGUUGCACUGCUGUCUAGCAUCAAGCCAACAGUGGGCUCUCACCGUAUCAAUUUGAAGGGCGAUUCGACGGUCCCAAUUGUGGCAGCGAACACAUUGGAAGUUAUUGGCACUGUCACGUUCAACUUCCUCAUAAUCACCCCUUUUCAGCACCCCAAUAUGUCAAUCACUGGUGAUAAGACUUAUUGGAAGAGUAUGAGCUCGACGAUGGUGAUCGGCCACCGUGGCCUGGGCAAGAACAUGGCCGGCCGUAAUUCGUUACAGUUGGGAGAGAACACGGUUCAGUCGUUUAUUGCAGCUGCGAAUCUGGGGGCCUCGUAUGUGGAGUUUGACGUUCAGUUAACUAAGGAUCACGUCCCGGUAAUCUACCAUGACUUCCUGGUUAGUGAGACGGGCAUCGAUGCUCCCGUCCACACGUUGACUCUGGAGCAAUUUCUUCAGUUGGGUGACAAAGGGCCGUCUCGUCAACCUGCGUCUUCUUCAUCGCAGCUAGUGGACGAUUUGGGCACGCGCCAGAGGUCAAUGUCUGUGGGCGGCUCAGAAUAUGACCCCUCGGAAUUGAAUGAGAAGAUCAAGCAUACCCGCGACUUCAAAAAGAAAGGUUUCAAAGGAAAUAGCCGUGGCAAUCACAUCCAGGCCCCGUUUGCCACAUUGGAAGAGCUCUUCAAGAAACUACCCAAGUCCGUUGGGUUUAAUAUCGAACUGAAAUACCCCAUGCUCUUCGAGAGCGAAGACGAGGAGAUGGACACGUAUGCGGUGGAGUUGAAUUCGUUUGUAGACACGGUCCUUAGUAAGGUCUACGACCUGGGACAGGGCCGUAACAUGAUUUUCUCCAGCUUCAACCCGGAUAUCUGCCUUUUGCUCUCCUUCAAGCAGCCGUCUAUUCCUGUGCUUUUCUUGACGGACUCGGGAUCCACUCCAGCCGGUGAUAUUCGCGCCUGCAGUCUCCAAGAAGCUAUCCGGUUUGCGUCCCGGUGGAACUUGCUUGGAGUUGUCACGCAGGCUGAGGCACUGGUGCUCUGUCCUCGUUUAGUCCGAGUGGUGAAGGAGUCUGGUCUGGUUUGCGUGUCAUACGGUGCUAUCAACAACGAGCCUGCCAGUGUCAAGCUCCAAGUCGCCGAAGGCAUCGAUGCCGUCAUUGUGGAUUCUGUCCUUGCUAUCCGGAAAGGACUUACAGAGCACCAGAAAGACGAUACGCCUCCCUCCGUUACUCCUCAGCCCAGCCCGCUUGCUCAACCAACUGCUUCCGAUCCCCUCAAAGAGUCUUUCACGAUACCGGUUCUCAACAAGACCGAAUUCAAGGAGGAUCACCUCCAUGUCAAGCCAGAAGUUUUUUUGUGA